AUGAGCAAAUCAAGCGAUCCGUUUCUUUCCGACGUCUCGUCCGCCUCAGAUUCCGAUCUGGAGCAUAGUCAUGCACCGCCAAAUGUCCGCAAGACCAAGUCUCCACGAAAGCGCCAACGCCAACAACGACAUCCGCUCACGGCAGCCAUUCUUCCUGUGUGCUGCAUAAUCACGGGUUGGAUCCUAGGUAUAGCCACGUUGUACGCCUUCAAACUCCUAGUUCCUGAGCCGGAUGUCUUCCAUCCUGAAACAUUGGCCCGUGGAACUAACCUCUGUGAUUGUGGAGCCAACAUUGAAGAGGCACUUCGGCGGGAAUGUGUCUAUGAUACGCUUUCCACAUCCUGGCUACCGCCUUACUGUCGGGAUGCAGAGUUGACAGCCAAGUUCGACAAGUCUGGAGACGGCCCUAACGGAGAGUGGAGUUAUUUUGCGGAUCAGCAAGGCAUCCGGCGCCUUUCUGUAGAGGAGAUAGCCGCACUUGGUGACACAGGCGGUCAUUUUUGGGCAUCGCGAUACUGGCAUAGGGCUCAUUGUCUAUUCUAUUGGCAAAAACAAUUUCGCCAAAGAGAUACUAAGGUGGUUAUGGAGCAGAGAUUCGACGGCUUGCCGCAUGUAGAGCAUUGCUCGCGUCUGCUUUUGCGCACGACUGAUCUUUCACUACUCAUGCCUGUCCCUGUGUUGAUGAACUCGAGUGCAGCAGAUGCGCUACGUCUCUCACCUGAAACAUGA